GUUGCCCAAUGACGACACGGCCGUGGUGACGAUGGCGGCCGGGACGGCUGAAGCGACCGAGCCGGGAUCGGGGACGGUCAACGUGCCGAUCACGGUGACGAUGGACACGACGGCGUCGUACGACGUUGUGGUGGAUGUGGCGACGAGCGUGUCGUCGGGCUCGCUCGCGACGGGCGGGACCGACUUUACCGUCGAGACGACGACGGUGACGAUCCCAGCUGGGUCGACGAGCGCAGUGUACAACGCGACUGUGGCCGCGGACGCAUGGUACGACGGCGGCGAGACGUUCGAUGUUAAGCUGACCGGCACGUCUACCCCUGGCGUUUCCGUGGGCGUGGCAGACACGACGGUUGUGACGAUUGCCGACUCGGGACCGGCGCCGGUGCUGACCGCGACGGUGGUCGGCGGAACGACGACCGCUGUGUCGGGCGACGGGACGGAUGCACUGUCUGUGACUGGGCCCGAGGGCGCGGCGUCGACGACCAACGAGCUUGUGGUCGAGCUUGCGCUGUCGCGGCCAUCCGAGUACGCGGCUGGACUCGUUGUCGAGGUCGAUGGCGCCACGUCGACGGCGGAUGUGCCGUCCGACGCGACGAUUGUUGACACUGUGGCGCGGACGGGAAGCCCGAUGACAAUCCCGGCGCUUGCGACGACACACCAGGUGUCUGUUGUGGUGUCGGGCGACGGGGUGCUCGAGCCGACCGAGGUGCUCGACCUUGGCCUUAUCGCCAACUACGGCGGCGCGGAACUGGCGGCUGACGUGGUCAACGUGACCGCGACGAUCACCAACGAUGACGCGGCGGUGGUGACGAUGGCGGUCGGGACGGCUGCGGCGACCGAGCCCGGAUCGGGGACGGUCAACGUGCCGAUCACGGUGACGAUGGACACGACGGCGUCGUACGACGUCGUGGUGGAUGUGGCGACGAGCGUGUCGUCGGGCUCGCUCGCGACGGGCGGAACCGACUUUACGGUCGAGACGACGACGGUGACGAUCCCAGCCGGGUCGACGAGCGCAGUGUACAACGCGGUUGUGGCCGCAGACGCAUGGUACGACGGCGGCGAGACGUUCGACGUCAAGCUGACCGGCACGUCUACCCCUGGCGUUUCCGUGGGCGUGGCAGACACGACGGUGGUCACGAUUGCCGACUCGGGACCGGCGCCGGUGCUUACCGCGACGGUGGUCGGCGGAACGACGACCGCUGUGUCGGGUGCAGGCACGGAUGCACUGUCUGUGACUGGGCCCGAGGGUGCGGCGUCGACGACCAACGAGCUUGUGGUCGAGCUGGCGCUGUCACGGCCAUCCGAGUACGCGGCUGGACUCGUUGUCGAGGUCGAUGGCGUGACGUCGACGGCGGAUGUGCCGUCCGACGCGACGAUUGUUGACACUGUGGCGCGGACGGGAAGCCCGAUGACGAUCCCGGCGCUUGCGACGACACACCAGGUGUCUGUUGUGGUGUCGGGCGACGGGGUGCUCGAGCCGACCGAGGUGCUCGACCUUGGCCUUAUCGCCAACUACGGCGGCGCGGAACUGGCGGCUGACGUGGUCAACGUGACCGCGACGAUCACCAACGAUGACGCGGCGGUGGUGACGAUGGCGGCCGGGACGGCUGCAGCGACCGAGCCCGGAUCGGGGACGGUCAACGUGCCGAUCACGGUGACGAUGGACACGACGGCGUCGUACGACGUCGUGGUGGAUGUGGCGACGAGCGUGUCUGGGGCCGACUUUGUUGCCGAGACGGUGACGCUGGUCAUUCCUUCUGGCUCGAGAAGUGUGGUGUACAACGCAUCAAUUGCCGCGGACGCAUGGUACGAUGGGGGUGAGACGUUCGACGUCGCAAUUACGGGUGUGUCGGAGCCAGCUACAACUGGCUUGCAGGACACGACGGUGGUUACCAUCAUUGACUCGGGACCGGCGCCGACGAUGGUCGCAACUGUUUCGAGCGGGGCAGUCACUGGUGUGACCGGCACUGGCACCAACGAUCUCGCUAUUACCACCGCUACAGAGGGCGAUGCACCAGCGACCAACGAGAUUGUACUGGAUGUGACGCUCUCGCGACCGGCCGAGCACCCCACUAGCCUCCAGCUGGUUACUAGCCCCACUUCGACGUCAGACAUCGUGAACGAUGUCGACAUCGUGGGCACUGUGUCGCGGACUGGCCCGACCGUUCCCUCGCUCGCGACGUCCUACCAGGUCUCGCUUGUCGUCAAUGGCGAUGCAGUGCUAGAGACUGAUGAGGUGCUUGACGUGGCGAUGGUCGCCUCGUACUACCAGGUCGCGGCGACCCUCAACGCGACGGUCACGUUGCCCAAUGACGACACGGCCGUGGUGACGAUGGCGGCCGGGACGGCUGAAGCGACCGAGCCGGGAUCGGGGACGGUCAACGUGCCGAUCACGGUGACGAUGGACACGACGGCGUCGUACGACGUUGUGGUGGAUGUGGCGACGAGCGUGUCGUCGGGCUCGCUCGCGACGGGCGGGACCGACUUUACCGUCGAGACGACGACGGUGACGAUCCCAGCUGGGUCGACGAGCGCAGUGUACAACGCGACUACGUUCGAUGUUAAGCUGACCGGCACGUCUACCCCUGGCGUUUCCGUGGGCGUGGCAGACACGACGGUUGUGACGAUUGCCGACUCGGGACCGGCGCCGGUGCUGACCGCGACGGUGGUCGGCGGAACGACGACCGCUGUGUCGGGCGACGGGACGGAUGCACUGUCUGUGACUGGGCCCGAGGGUGCGGCGUCGACGACCAACGAGCUUGUGGUCGAGCUGGCGCUGUCACGGCCAUCCGAGUACGCGGCUGGACUCGUUGUCGAGGUCGAUGGCGUGACGUCGACGGCGGAUGUGCCGUCCGACGCGACGAUUGUUGACACUGUGGCGCGGACGGGAAGCCCGAUGACGAUCCCGGCGCUUGCGACGACACACCAGGUGUCUGUUGUGGUGUCGGGCGACGGGGUGCUCGAGCCGACCGAGGUGCUCGACCUUGGCCUUAUCGCCAACUACGGCGGCGCGGAACUGGCGGCUGACGUGGUCAACGUGACCGCGACGAUCACCAACGAUGACGCGGCGGUGGUGACGAUGGCGGCCGGGACGGCUGCAGCGACCGAGCCCGGAUCGGGGACGGUCAACGUGCCGAUCACGGUGACGAUGGACACGACGGCGUCGUACGACGUCGUGGUGGAUGUGGCGACGAGCGUGUCGUCGGGCUCGCUCGCGACGGGCGGAACCGACUUUACGGUCGAGACGACGACGGUGACGAUCCCAGCCGGGUCGACGAGCGCAGUGUACAAUGCGGUUGUGGCCGCGGACGCAUGGUACGACGGCGGCGAGACGUUCGAUGUCAAGCUGACCGGUACGUCCACGGCCGGUGCGUUGAUCGGUGUGGCAGACACGACGGUGGUCACGAUUGCCGACUCUGGCCCGGCGCCUACCUUUGUGGCGCGGCUAGUGGACGGAGAUACUGCGGGCGUAUCGGGCCAGGAUACCGCGAAUGUUGGUGUUAUCACUGGCGAAGGCGACGCGCCGGCGACUAACGAGCUCGUGAUGGAGCUGACCCUCUCGCGGGUGUCGGAGCACGCGAUUGACCUUCGAACUGCGCUGGAUCCCGCAUCGUCGGCGGAGCUUCCGUCCGACGCCACUGUGAUUGGGACCCUUAGUCGCGCUGAACCGUCAGUGCCUGCACUGGCGACAAAGUACAACGUGUCGAUUGUUGUUUCUGGCGAUGACGAGGCUGAGAACGAUGAGGUGCUUACGCUCGGCCUCGUGGGUGACUUUUACGGCGAGACCAACGCGGCGAACGUGUCAGUCACGAUUACCAACGAUGACACGAUGGCCUGGCUGGAUCGCGACUCGCUGAUUGUGGUCGAGCCGGUGACUCCUGGCGGAGAAAGUGUGGGCUUCUUUGAGGUCGUGCUCUCUCACCCCGUAGAUCGGGCUGUAGACGUCACGGUUGCGCGGUCGGCGAUCACCGGUGGGCUGGCAACUGCGGGGGUCGACUUUGUGGACUCGCCGGUGACGGUGACGAUUCCGGGUGGCAGCACGCGCGGGCGUUUCAACGUCACGGUCCUUGCCGACGAGUGGUAUGAUCCGGACGAGUCGUUUGAGGUCAUGAUCACAUCAGCUACCGGGGCAUCACUCGCGCCGGCUGAUAACCGAACGGCCACCGUGUUUGUCGAAGAGUCCGGCGGGGUGCCGAUCUUGAUUGGAACAGUGACUGGCGCCAGCGGCUCUGGUUCGAGCAACGUUGCCUUUGACGUGGUGGAGGGCAAUGUUGGCGACGAGACCGAGGUUGUCAUCGGCCUGCAGCUGAGCCGGCCGGUGGAGCGCGAGAUGCGGGUCGAGACCCAGCAGCGGUCGACGAGCACGGCGACGCUCGGCACCGAUGGCGUGGCCCGCGAUACGGCUACGGGAGGUACCACGCUGGUCAUCCCGCCCAACACUGUGGCAUACAACGCGUCUGUGGUGGUUGUUGGUGACAUCGACUAUGAGCGCGAUGAGGUUCUCGACCUGGCGUUCACGCUGCCAGACGCUCCUGCUAUCGCGCCGCUUAAUGCCAACGUGACGAUUCCGAACGACGACGCACAGCCUGGUGUCAAGCUGGCUGCGACGCAGAGCUCGAGCCCCGAAGGCACGGUCUCUGGCAACUCGGCCAAGAACAGGGUCAACAUCACGAUCGAGCUGGAGGCGAACUCGUUCGAGUCUGUUGUUGUCAGCCUCCGGAUUGUGUUCUCUGAAGGCGACGGGGCGUUUGCGGACCCGUCGGAUGUGGUCGGGUUUGACCCCGAGACGGGGACGAUGACCAUCGAUGUGGUGAUCCCUCCGGGACAGACCUCGAUCACGGUUCCGAUCUACCUGGUCGGCGACGACGUGAUUGAGGGCGACGAGACGUUCGAGGUGGAAAUCACAACGGUGGUCAAUGGCGAGCGGCGUGCUGAUGCGGCGCGCCUGACGGUGACGAUUGUGGAAGACGACGAGGUGUCUGCGGCGGUGCGCUCGUUCCGCAACCGCGGCGACUGGUGGUGGAUCUUUGUGCUCUCAUGCCUGCUGUUCAUCUGCUGCUGCAUCUGCUGCUGCGUGGCGGCGGUGUACUUCCGCGAGAGCCGCGAGUACUUUGACGAGGCCAAGGUCCUGUAUGAGGAGUCCAGCCAAGAGGGCAUGGGCUCGACCCAGAUCAUGACUUCGUCGGUUGUCGACCAUGGAACGUCGACGACGCUUGCGACAUACUCGUCGACGACUACGUUCACUACCUCGACCGGGCUUGAUCGCCAGUCGACGAGCUCGGUCUUCCACCCUACUCUCUCGAAGAUCCCGUCGGACUCGUCAAGCUCGAGCAGCUCGCUCACCUCGGCACCAAAGAGCUCGAGCUCUGACUCGAGCUCUGGCUCCAAGUUGAGCGACGAACCGAGUCGCUCCGCAGCCAAGACGGUGCAUACGUUGACCGAGUCGUCAUCCGAGGUACGUGCAGCGGCUGGGCUGGGCAGGGACGGCGCGGUCAAGGUUGAUGGCAAGACACUUGUCAAGCGCAAGAUUCGCGUGUCACGCUCGGUCUCGCGGUCGCAAUCGGAUUCUGGUAGCGACGACGACACGCUGCGGCGCAAGGUGCGGCGUCGGGCGGUGAUCAAGUCCGAGGACUCAGCCGACGGCGAUGAGUGGACCAAGCAAAAGCGGCGUGUCAAGGUCGUCUCGCAAGCCGCAGACGGCGGCGCCGUCGUGAAGCGGCGGCGGCGGAUUGUCCGCAACUCCUCGUGGUCCGAGUCGUACUCGAUCUCUGGCGACGAGGCCGCGACGACGACGACGACCCGGCGCCGGGUCAAGAUCGCCGUCCCUGGCGACUCGACAUCGGCAUCCAUGUCUGGAUCGGGUUCCGGCCGGUGGUGA